AGGGCAGUUGAAGUUAAGGUUAAAGGUUAGGAGGAUCGGAUUUUCGUAGAUAAACUUGGAAAAUGUCGGCUAUAAGAUUGUUUCUUGUUAACACUUCUCGUCGAUAUAUUUCGACAUCUGCUAUCCGUAACUUUGCGUCGAGUCAAUCUGCCACUGUUGGUGAACAUGGGCAAUCUGCAAAGACUUGGAAGUACCUUUCAUUCUUCGUAGCCCUUCCUGGAGUUGCGUUGUGUAUGGUGAAUGCUUACAGAGGGGAAAUGGAACACAAAGCCCAUGCCCACCAACCAGAAUUUGUUCCAUAUUCUCAUCUAAGAAUUAGGAACAAAGCUUUCCCAUGGGGAGAUGGAAACCACUCUCUAUUCCACAACCCUAAACAAAAUCCUUUACCAGAAGGAUAUGAGGAUGCAGAAUAACCCAAGUCAUUCUUAAAGAGCAGAAAUUUAUGAAUUGAAUUGUGUGUGUUGAAAAGAUGAAACAAGGAUUUAGUACAAUAGUAGUAACUUACUGUUAAUUGAACUAAAAGAAAAGGAGUAAUCAGUAUCAGUGUAUAUUUAUACCUGAAUGUUGAUUUUCGCUGGUAAUUUCAGAAACACUUUCUCUAAUACUGACUGGUUUUCCAAAAAUGUUUAAAGUGCUAAUAAGAUUAAAGAAAUAAAUGUGUUAAUAAAA